AUGGCUCAGCGCUUCAAGCCCCCGGCCACCGAGCAGCGCACCGACCAAGCCGUCACCCUCCAGACCAGCCUCGACCAGGUCAAGGUCCUUCUCGAAGCCGGCAUCGGCUGCGUCGCAUUCCUCCGUGGCCUGCUCCCCGAGGAAUCGUUCGAGGACUUCAAGCUGCUCGCGCCGCGGCCGCCCGUCUCGCGCAGCAGCACGUCGAGGGCGCUGACCGCCGACGAGAAGGCCAAGAGCAGCGCACCAAGCUCGGUCCGCGUCAAGAAGCUCAAGCGUGGUGCAUCGGUCGAGGCCGACAAGCUGCUCGACUACCUCGAGCUCGGAGCCACCGAGGCGAUUGAGAAGGGGUACCUGCACCAGCUCGUGUUCGCCAUCUACCUCGAUCCCGAUCAGCCGACCAACCUCGUCGAGAGCUACACGUUCACCUUCACGUACGAGACGGACACCGAGGGCAACAAGCGCCCAGAACUCGUCGUGCAGGACCAGCUCAGCGGCAUGGUCAUCUCGUCGAGUAGCGGCCUCGCGAGCCAGGAGGCGCCCCGCAAGGAGGGCGACGUCAAGCGCCAGGUCCAGCAGAUGAUCAAAAACCUCAUCACGAGCACACAGGUGCUCGACGAGCUGCCCCGUCGUAGGUUCCUCAACGUCCGCCUGUUCUACACCAAGGAGACGCCCGCCUCGUACGAGCCGCCGCAUUUUCGUCCGGUUCCUGUCGAUGCGCCCGGGUACAUCCUCACGACGCCGUCGGUCGCCGACCCUCCCGACUUUGGCACGCUCGGCAACGUCUCGACUGGCUUCCACGGGAUCUCCCUCCACUCGGUCUCGAUCGCGCACGUCCUCGACACGCCCUUUGACGACCGCAUCUCGCUCGACCAGGCCCUCGAGCGCAAUCGCUUCGACGCCGCCUCGCGCCCUGUCGUCUGGAACGCCGAGUCGCUCGCCGAGUCGGCCACCGACGCCGACGACAAGCUCAAGGUCAUCGAGCCCGUCGCUGUGAGGGACGCGCGCGGCGGGCUGCACACGAUCCAGGAGGUCAGCGAGGGCGACGACGUCGGUAUGGAAGAGCUGAGGAAGAGGGUCGGCAUCGAGGUGGGCGAGGAGGCCGUCAUCGGUGCGAGGGGCGUCGCCGACGAGACGGUGCUCGACUCGAACCUGUCGGACAACACGGUCCUCCGCCGAGCGAUCGCCUCGACCGAGAAGCGCGCUCCUUCGGCCGGCGCCGCCCUGACGCAGCCCGACCCGGUCGUCUCGCGCCAAAAGUCGUCCCACCCGCCGAUCCCGCUCUUUGCCGAGACGGAAACGCAGUACCAGCAGCGCCGCGCUAGCGCGUCGCACGCUCCUCGGCAAGGCGAUGUCGUCGAGCCCGGGCCCAUCAUGAUCGAGGACGAGAAGCGCGACCCGUCGAACAAGGCGCACGGGCCCUCGCCGGCGGCCGACACCCAGCUGUUCGAGUACUCGCCCAUGGACGUCGACGGCGGCAUCAAGGACGACUCGAACGCGCCGACCACUUUUGGCCCCGAGCCCGACACGCUCGAGACCGACACGGCGGCGCAGCAGUCGCUCAAGGACGCCAAGAUGGACCGCCCUCGCCGCAAGAGCUCGCGCAGCAAGAUGAAAGUGCCCGACGACGCCUGCGAGUGCGGCGACAAGGACGAGGAUGGAGGUAUGAUGUGCUGCUCAACGUGCGACAUCUGGAAGCACACGACGUGCUACGGCUUCGAGAGCGCCGAGGACUCGCGCGUCCCCGACACGUUCGUGUGCUACCGCUGCCUGUCGCACAAGGCGCUCGACGCUGCGGCGUACGAGCCGGACAAGGAGGGCGAGAUCGAGCAGGCGCUCGCCGAGUUCAGGAGCCUGGCUCUCUUCCGUCGAGCCGUCUCGAUCGUCUGGAGCGAGGGCGUCCUCACGAUGCCGCAGCUCGCCAACCGUCUCGGUGUCGACAACUCGACGGCGGCGCAGUUCAUCAAGCGCCUCAAGGCCGAGGAGUUCGUGCUCGAGCAGGGUGUGCCGCAGCGGCGCUCGCGCGCCAAGAACGCGUCGCAGGCCGGGUCGCUCAAGGCAGGCUCGCUCGCGGUCAACAAGUCGGCCAAGCAGCUCAAGCUCAAGGAGGCCCAGUACUUCGAUCCCGGCCAUGGCGCCGAGCUCGGCGUCGCCGACAUUCUUCGCCCUGCCGACGACGGCGCGACCGGCCUUACCAUGACGACGGCACGCGACCCGCUCGCCACGACCUCGACCGACAAGCCUCGCCCGCCCGCUCUCCUCGUCGACGACACGGCCUCGUCCGGCCGCCAGUCGCAGCACCAGUCGCACGCCUUCGGCGGCGGCGCGCCCCACCCUGCCGCCUCGCAGCCCGACCCGAUCCUCGACGACUCGCAGCCUCUCCCGUUCUCGUUCACGACGCCCGACUCGAUCGCCUCCCUCGACUCGACGCGCGCCCACGGUCAUGUGCUUCCCUCGGCCAAGCGCUUCUCGGCGCAAGAGCGCCUCGAGGAGCCGCCGGCGAGCUACGUUCCGACAUCGGUCGGCGCGACGGGCCGGGCCCAGGUCAAGGCGGUCGAGCAGCCGGUCUCGAUGAACCUCGACGACAACGACCCGACCGACCUCGCGCCGACUCGCCCGCCGGCCCCGAGCGCGCCCGGCCCGCUCAAGCGCCGCUCGACCAACGACCUCGACGCUAAGCUCUCAUGGCUAACGUACUAA